AUGAGCAUAAAGGUUAUGUUUAUAUAAUUAGAAGGCUAACACUAAGGCUAAAAGGCUAUUAAAGACUUUCCUUCCUCUACAACUUUAAAAUAGGCUGCAAUCGCUUGUAACAUACCUAUUAAAGAUAUGACCUUUAAAUGUAAUCAGGAAGCUUUAGAUAACCUUGAUAAGACUUUAUAAGAUAUCAAAGAUAUUUAUAAUACAAAUUCUCCAGUUCUUAUUGUGAGAGUCUUUAAAAAAGCAGUUGGAGGCUUAGAGUGA